CUUUGAGGUGGGGUAAUGGAAAGCCAUGAGCUGGGAGGCGGGCACUGAGAUGGUGUAACAGGAACUGACUUAAACAAGCAGAGGCUGUUUCCUCACACGAUGGGAAGUCCAGAGGUGCUACUCAGGCCUCACGGCGCCUCUUGGGAUCAUGGUUCCCCUGCCUCUUCACUCUGGCAGCUUUGGUCCCCACGAGUGGCUAUCUCACGGUCAUGCAUUGGCUGUACCCCUGCUUUAUGACCCUGUCCCAGGCAGGAAGAGGAGAAGGGCCAAGCGUCUGUGCCAGCUGGGCUCACCCCUUUAACAGGUAGCAACUUGGAUUCACAUCUCAGCGCCCCAAACUGGGUUCAAGUCACAGGGCUGACGCUAGCUGCAAGGGAGGCUGGGAAGCUGAAUAUUUUAAAUUGGGGCUCUGCUUAUGGAAUUGGGGGCUGGAUCUUUGGGUUGGCAAGUAGCAGUCCACCUCAGCAAACCUUGGCUCUGGGACCAUGGGAAGGCCUUUCCCAGGGUACAUAUGGCGUCUCGAGUGGCUCUUAAAUGACCUCAUCCUGUGGGCUGGCCCAGGGGAGUGAAAGCUGUAUCAGCUCCCCCCACACACACCUGCCCCUGGCCCAGGUGAAUUGGUGGCAGCCCUGCUUUUGCCCCCUCUGUGCCUCAGUUCCAAUUCUAGUGACCUUAACUUUUAUUUUGUUAUAUUCCAUACCACCACCUUGCUAUCAUGAAUAAUUUCUUUAAGCCAAUUCACUUAUUGGCUUAAUAAAUAUAUUUAAGUAGGAAAUUCUGUAAUACUACAGUAAUCCCUUCAGCAUUAGCAUUAGCAUCAUGCUCCACAGAAAGGAGAUACGGUGAGGCAUGGCUCAGUGGCUGAACGUCGACCUAUGAACCAGGAGGUCACGGUUAAGUCCCAGUCAGGGCACAUGCCUGGGUUGUGGGCUCGAUCCCCAGUGUGGGGCGGCCAAUCAAUGAUUCUCUCUCAUCAUUGAUGUUUCUCUCUCUCCCUCUCCCUUCCUCUUUGAUAUCAAUAAAAAUAUAUUUUUGAAAAAGAUGAGAAAAUAAAUAUACGAGAAGGCAAGCGACGGUAGUAAGUUGGGCUACUCUCGCCUGCCCUGACAACGGUUCUCAGCCUGUGGCCUGCUUGUCUUUGUUUUAAGGGCAAUUGUGAUGCUAGGAAGGUGUUAGAGGCAUGUGAGCACCAAGCAGACUGUCUCCUCCACGGAAAGGAAGUGUAAGGGAGACUCAAUUUCCCUCUCCACCAUCUAAGCCACCGAGAACACCCCCUCUCCCCCGGGGACACCGGUGGUCUUGGCCGCCCUUUCCUGGUCCGAGGUCGGCUGUUCUGAGUGCAUUUGUCCCUCCUGCAGAGACUUCACCUCUGGAAGCCAGAGACACGCCAGAAUGGAGGUCCUGAAGGAGAAAGUGGAGGAGGAGGAGGCUGCCGAGCGGGAGGACGCGGCGGAGAGGGGCGAGAAGAUGGCGAAGCCACCGCCGGAGACGCGGAAGGAGGAAACCCCCAUGACGCAGGAGAUGCUCAGAGACCUGGAGAAGAAGUUGUCGGACAUCAAGAUCGCCAUCCCGGAUACGGUCAUUACCAAGGACACCAAGGUCACUGUCGACACCUCCAUGCUGCCCGCCUCCUACCAAAGCAACACGCCCAAGGAGGAGCACCUGCUGCAGGUGGCAGACAACUUCUCCUGCCAGUAUAGCCACCUGUGCCCGGACCGCGUGCCCCUCUUCCUGUACCCGCUGAACGAGUGCCAAGUGCCCAAGUUCGUGAGCACAACCAUCCGGCCCACACUGAUGCCCUACACCGAGCUCUACAACUGGGACAGCUGCGCCCAGUUUGUUGCGGACUUCCUCUCCAUGGAGCCCCUGGCCGACCCGCUCAAGCCGCCCACGCACCUGUACUCCCCGACCACCGUGCUCAAGUACCAGAGGGGCAACUGCUUCGACUUCAGCACCCUGCUCUGCUCCAUGCUCAUCGGCUCCGGCUACGACGCCUACUGCGUCAACGGCUACGGCUCCCAGGACCUGUGCCUCAUGGACCUGACCCGGGAGGUGUGCCCGCUCACCAUGAAGUCCAAGACGACGGUCCAGAGGAAGCAAGUGGCACCACCUAAGAAGUACGCCGUCAAACCCCCCAGGGACCUGACCAGCAGGUACGAGCAGGACCAGGAGAGGAAGAAGCAGGAAAAGAUCAAAGCUGAGGAGGAGAAGCGGCUGAAGGAGGAAGAGGAGCGCCUCAAGGAGGCGGAGAAUGCAAAACCCGACCCCCUGUACGGCCUGCGGGUGCACUCGUGGGUGCUGGUGCUGUCGGGGAAGCGUGAGGUGCCCGAGAGCUUUUUCAUUGACCCUUUAACGGCACGCAGCUACAGCACCCAGGACGACCACUUCCUGGGCAUCGAGAGCCUGUGGAACCACAAGAACUACUGGGUCAACAUGCAGGACUGCUGGAACUGCUGCAAGGACUUGAUCUUUGACCUGGGAGACCCUGUGAGGUGGGAGUACCUGCUUUUGGGGACCGAUAAGCCUCACCUAUCGAUCCUGGAUGAUGAUGAUGAUAACCUGAUGGAUGAUGAUGACGUAGAAAACCUGGGCAAGGAGGACGAGGAUAAGGGCUUUGACAUGCCGCACUCCUGGGUGGAGCCCAUCGAGAUCUCCUCCGAAGCGUUCGAGACCCGCUGCCCAAACGGGAUGAAGGUGAUCCAGUACAAGAGGGCCAAGCUGGAGAAGUGGGCCCCGUACCUCAACAGCAACGGCCUCAUGUCCCGCCUCAGCACCUACGAGGACUUGGAGUGCACCAAGUUGCUGGAGAUGAAGGAGUGGUACCAGAACCGGGAGGACAUGCUGGAGCUGAGGCACAUCCACAAGGACACGGGCCUGAUCAUCGACUACUUCAAGCCGGGCCAUCCCCAGGCUCUGCGUGUGCACUCCUACAUGUCCAUGCAGCCCGAGAACGACCGCGUCAUGGAGUUCUACGAGAAGGCCCGCGUGGAUGGCCUGAUAAAGCGGGAGGAGACGCCCAAGACGAUGACGGAGCACUACCAAGGGCGGCCCGACUUCCUCGCCUACCGCCAUGUCACGUACGGGUCCAGGGUCAAGAAGGUCACGCUGAGCAGCGCGGAGUCCAACCCCCGGCCUAUGAUGAAAAUCACCGAGCGCUUCUCCCGCAACCCGGCCAAGCCCGCGGACGAGGACGUGGAGGAGCGCGUGUUUCUGAUCUUGGAGGAGCGCAUCCAGCUGCGCUACCACUGCCGCGAGGACCACAUCACGGCCUCCCGGCGCGAGUUCCUGCGGCGCACCGAGGUGGACAGCAAGGGCAACAAGAUCAUCAUGACCCCCGACAUGUGUCUUAGCUACGAGGUGGAGCCCAUGGAGCACACCAAGAAGCUGCUGUACCAGUACGAGGCCAUGAUGCAGCUGAAGGAGCAGGAGAAGCUGUCCAGACAUCAGGCCUGGGAGUCGGAGCUGGAGGUGCUGGAGAUCCUGAAGCUUCUAGAGGAAGAGGAGGAGGCGCACACGCUGAAAAUCUCCAUCUACGACACGAAGCGCAAUGAGAAGAGCCGGGAGUACCGGGAGGCCAUGGAGCGCGUGAUGCACGAAGAGCACUUGCGGCAGGUGGAGGCCCAGCUGGACUACCUGGCCCCGUUCCUGGCACAGCUGCCACCAGGAGAGAAGCUGACACGCUGGCAGGCCAUUCGCCUCAAGGACGAGUGCCUCAUGGACUUCAAGCAGCGGCUCAUCGACAAGGCCAACCUUAUCCAGGCCCGUUUCGAGCAGGAGACGCAGGAGCUGCAGAAGAAACAGCAGUGGUACCAGGAGAACCAGGUGACCUUGACCACCGAGGACGAAGACUUGUACCUGAGUUACUGCUCUCAGGCCAUGUUCCGCAUCCGUAUCUUGGAACAGCGGCUCAACCGACACAAGGAGCUGGCCCCGCUGAAGUACUUGGCUCUGGAGGAAAAGCUCUACAAGGACCCACGCCUGGUGGAGCACCUGAAAGUCUUUUCUUGAUGCCCCUCCUGCACCUCUGGCCCUUAGAUGCCCCUCCUGGGGCUUCAGCCUCAGCUGGCAGAGAGAGAAACCUCCCCCACAGCCCAGCCUGUGUUUCCUGCAACCAGCUAACGACCUCGGAAUCAGGUGCCUGGCCUCACUGCCGCUCCCACCUCCCUGCGGCCCCAUCUGUCCCUGCUUCUCAUGAUUUUUCUGUAAAUAAACACACUUGUGAUUUGCAA